AUGGCCAACGGACUGCUGGAUUCUAACUCCGUAGAUGCGGAACCAUGGGCAAACGAUCCCUCCGCAACCAACGGCGACGCUGCGAUCCAGGCAGCACCGGAUACCUACAGUAAUGGCGAGCCGCCUGCGGUGCUCAUUAGCGGAAAGGACGCGGGAUUGAACCUGCCGCCGGAGACGGCGGAGAAUCUGGUGAUUCUGGAGGAUCCUGGCACGGGCCACCGAGCCUACAUCGUAGGAUCGGCGCACGUGUCGAAGCAGGCAGGUUUGGACGUGGAGCGCGUGGUGUCGGCGGUUCAACCGGAGAUUCUUGCUGUGGAGCUCGACCGUGAGCGGCUCAAGAACAUCAUGGCGAUCCUCGCGGGCGAUAGGCCCAGCGACCCGCCCAAGACGGUCUUUAAGGCGUUGAGGGCCAUGUACUCGGCCAAGAUGGGGUCGCUCUCGCUCUUCUUCAACCUGCAGGGCAGCUUCGUCUCCGCUCUCCUGGGAGUGCCAUACGGCUAUGACAUGAUGACAGCAGUCAAGGUGGCCGAGGACUCUGGCGUGCGCGUGGCGCUCGUGGAUAGGUCUUCUUUCCUCACGCUCAUUCGACUCAUCGACCAGACUCGCCGAAUCCCCUCAUCUCCUCCUCCCAUUGAGGAGCGUGGCAGCAGGGAGGGGCGCAAGGCGCGCUUCGAGCGGGUGAAGCGGCAGAUGGUGCAGCGGGCGAGGGACGCCGGGUGCGACGAGCCAGCAGCCACUUUCGACUCAUUCGUCACCGUCCUCGCCACCGCCUUCAAAGGCAAGGAGAUCCCUCUCGACGACUUUCGUCGUGUGCGUUCCUGCGGCCGCCGCGUGGUCGAAACCUUCCGCCACUCCGCCAUCCACCACUCGCUCCUGCCCCCCGCCGCCGCCGCCGCCUUCACCCCUCCCUCUCCUCUCUCUACUCCUGCUGGCGGGAGCAUCGGAGAGGGUGGAUCAGCAGGGCCGCAGGGAGAAUCCCAGACAAGACAGAGCAGCAGGCAGGGCGGUGUGAGCCCGUGGUGUCCCAGGAGGCAUGUGAGGGAGCGGGUACCCAUGGAAGCGGUGGUUAAGACUGCCACAGACACGGACCUGCCUCCUGCCAUCGUCGCCGAGAGGGACUUGAUUCUCGCCCAGAACAUCCGCAAGUGCACGGCGAUCGGCCCGACAGUAGCAGUGGUGGGAGCGGGCCACAUCCCCGGCAUCACGCACCGCUGGAACGACGCUCUCACACCCUCCUCUCGCAUGGAAGUCAUCUCCUACCUCCUCCCCCCAAGCAUCUCCCGACAAAUCUCCCCCGAUCUCCCCUCCUUCUCCUCCUCCUCCUCCUCCUCCUCUUCUUCCUCCCCCGACAACGCAACCAUUCCCGACGAGCCCCCUUCCGCCUUCCCGAUAACCGAUUCCUUCCGAACCGCGGCCGAAGCAACCCCUCCCGUGAAACCCAACGGCCGUCCCGACUUCUCCGAGUUUCCCUCUCCUCCGAAGCUCGGGCCGCUGGUGAUUGCAGCAGGCCUACUCGGUCUCUCCUUCUACCGCCCGCGUGCAGCGAUGUUCAUCGGUGUGGGGUUAGGAUCUGGGAUCGUGGCUUCUCAGCUGCUGGUUGCGAGUGCGCUGGCCAAGGUGGGGAGAGUGGUGGGGGCGUUGGAGGAUGCUGGGAGGAGAUUGGGGGAGGAGGAUGGGGCUGAAGUGCUGUGGUGA